AUGAGUGAACCACCAUCAUCAUCAAUAAUAACAACAUCAACAACGAACAACAGCCUUAAUGAAUUGAUGGCUGUGGCUGAACAAUGUUUAUCACCUGAUAAUCGAUCUUUAAAUAUUCACUCUCGAAAUUCAUCUAAAACAUUGAAAUGUCCAAAAUGUAAUUGGCAUUAUAAAUAUCAAGAAACAUUGGAAAUUCAUAUGAAAGAAAAACAUCAAAUAGGGACAAAUUCCGAUGGAAAUAUAAAUAAUUCAAAUGAAAAUGAAACAAAUUGUUCAUAUUGUUUAUCAAAUAGUGUUCAUCCACGUCUUGCUCGUGGUGAACAAUAUCCAUGUGGAUUUAAACCAUACAGAUGUGAUUUAUGUCUUUAUUCAACAACAACUAAAGGAAAUUUAGCAAUACAUAUGCAAUCAGAUAAACAUAUGAAUAAUUGUCGAGAUUUAUCUUCACCAUGUCUUCAGCAACAACAACAACAACAACAACAAAUAUCAUUUACAUCUUCACCUGAAAAUUCUUCACUUGAUCAAACAUCUCAAUCACAAGAACUAAAAAUGGCAAACGAAUGUUCAUCUAUUGAAAGUUAUUCAUGUCCACUUUGUCCUCAAGCUAAUUUCAAUACGAUGGAAUCAUUGAAAGAACAUUUAUGUUCAAUGCAUAACUGUAGCCGAGAUGCUUUGAAUCGAUGUUUAUCAUUGAUCGGAGAUUCAGGAUUUUCAUCAAUGGCAGAAGCAAACUCUUCGGAUGAAUAUCGUUGUCAUUCUUGUCAUAAUAAAAAUUUUAAAGAUUUUUAUCAUUUGUUAAAUCAUUUUCAAGAUGAAAGUCAUAUUGAUGAAGAAACAAAAUCCGUUGGUUUAUUAUGUUGGAAAAAAGGAUGUAAUCAAUAUUUUAAUUCGUUAUUAAACCUUGAAAAACAUUUUCGUGAAAUUCAUUCAAUUAAUUUAAAUGAUAAAAAUUCUUCUCAAUCAUCAUUAUCAUCAACAUCAUCUAUAAAAGAAAUCAAAGAUAAUAAAGACAAUAAAGAUAUAAAAGAUAUAAAAGAAAAUUAUUUUGAAAAUAAAACAAAUUCAUCAAAUGGACCACCAAUGAACUUUUUAUCGAAAACUCGUGAAAGAUUAAUAUCCAUAGGUGAAGAUAUCGCUUUACAUUAUUUAGAAAAUCUAUCGAAUUCAAAUUCAAAUUCAAAUUCAAAUACAAACACGAAAUAUUCAAAUGAAAUUAUUUGUGAUUUAUGUUUAAAAAAGUUUUCAAGUUUAUCAAGAUUAAAAGUUCAUUAUGAAGAUAUACAUUCAAUAGUUCUUUCAUCUCGUGCUAUACAACAUUGGAUAUUUUUAUUAGAAAAACUUCAUUCAUCAUCUUCUUGUUCAACACUAAAUUCCAAUACGACUAAAUUAAAACGACAAUCAUCAUCAUUAAAUGAUUUAAAUCAAAUAAAGAAAUCUCGUUCAAAUUCGAAUUCAAAUUUAAAUGAAACAACAAAUCUUUCAUCAUCAUCGUCGUCAUCUUGUUUUAUUUAUUCGAAUUGUUCAAAUUCAACAUUAGUUAAUAAUCCGUAUGAUUUAACACAAAAUAAACGUCAAAGAACACGUAUUAGUGACGAACAAUUAAAAAUUUUACGUUCAUAUUUUAAUAUAAAUAAUUCUCCUAGUGAUGAACAAAUAUUAUUAAUGUCAGACAAAAGUCAAUUAACAACAAAAGUAAUUAAACAUUGGUUUCGAAAUACUUUAUUUAAAGAAAGACAAAAAAAUAAAGAUUCACCAUAUAAUUUUUCUAAUCCACCAUUACAAACAAAUAAAAUUGAUUUAGAUGAAUAUCAAAAAACUGGAAUUAUUAUUAAAAAAAAUUUUAACGAUUCCGAUUAUUCUGAUAAUGAUUUAACAUCAAAUGAUGAACAAGAUCUUCUUCUUUCAGAUGAAGAUUUUUAUGAUUAUAAUAAUAAAUUAUCGAAUAAUUCUAUACAUUCAUCUUCAAAUCAACAACUAAAUUCACAACAACAGCAACAACAACUAAAUCCACAACAAUCACAACUAAAUCAUCAACAACAACAACAACAACAACAACAACAGCUAAAUCAACAGCAAAUGAAAAAUCAUCAACAAUCAUCAAGACGAGCUAAUAGAACACGUUUUAGUGAUGAACAACUUCGUCUUCUUCAAGAUGCAUUUGAAUCAAAUCCUUAUCCAAAAGAUGAUGAUUUAGAAGUUCUUUCCGAAAAAUUAAAAUUAAAUUCUCGUGUUAUUGUUGUUUGGUUUCAAAAUGCUCGACAAAAAGCAAGAAAAUCUUAUGAAAAUAAUUCUCCAAAUGAAAAUAAUCAACAAAUAUUAUUUAAACAAGAUAAAGAUGAUGGAUAUUCAUGUAAAAAUUGUCAUAAAUUAUUUCAACGUUUUGCUGAAUUAAUGAAACAUGCUAAACAAUGUUCAUCACCUUGUUUAGCAGCAAAAAAGAAUUCAAAUAAAGAUUUAAUUGAAGAUAAUUCAAAUUCAUUAUUAAAUCGUUCAUCAUCGUCAUCUUAUGAUAUGUUAAUUAAAAAUAGUCUUCCAUUAUCGUCAACAGUUGUAACUAAUUCAUUAAAUAAAAAAGAUAAUUAUUGUGAACAAUGUGACAAAUAUUUUAAUACAAUAAAUGAAUUUAAUGAACAUCAAACAUUCCAUAUGCAAGCAUUUCUUAAUGCUGCAACACUUUUUCCACUUGCCGCUUAUCAUCCAGCUGCAGCGGCCGCUGCUGCUGCUGCAGCCAUGGCAGCUUUUUCGUCACAAUUAUUUCAAAAUAAUCAAAACUUUCCAAUGGUUGGAUUAGAUCUAAAUAAUUCAAAUUCAAUUAAUAAAAAGCCUAGUCGAAGUUUAUCAUCAUUUGGAUCUGAUUCAUCAAAUGACAUUGAAGAAAAUGAAGGCAUAGAAGGUAAUGAAAUCGAUGCUGAAGAACAUGAUGAUGAUGAUGAUGAUAUUAAUGGUGAAGAUUCUAAUGAUGAAAAUAAAAAAAAUUCUUCAUCACAAAAACGAAAUCGAACAACAAUAUUACCUGAACAACAAGAUUACCUAAUGUCAAAAUAUUCUAUUGAAUCCAAUCCGUCGAGAAAAAUGUUAGAAGAUAUAUCGGAAGAAGUUAAAUUGAAAAAACGUGUUGUACAAGUUUGGUUUCAAAAUACUCGAGCACGAGAAAGAAAAGGAAAUAUAAAAAUUGAUUUCAAUUCAAAUUCAAAUUCAAAUUCAAAUAUUAAUUCGAAUGAUAUUAAUAAUAUAAUUAUUAAUAAAAAAUGUCUUCAUUGUUCUUUAACAUUUAAAUUAAAAUCAACACUUGAAAAUCAUUUACUAUUAAAACACAAUGAUUUAUAUAAAAAAAAAGAAGAUUUAUUAUUAAUUGAUUAUGAUUUAUUUCCUAAUGGAUUUAAUUCGAGUGAUGAUCUUCCACUUGACUUAUCAAAAUCAUCUUUAAAAAAUGAUUUCAAUGAAAAUAAAUUUGAGAAUGAUAAUUUUUUAAAUGAAUCGAAUGAUUCAAGUAAUCAAUCAAUUGAUGAUCAAAAUUUCUUGUUAAAACAUAAUAAACAUUUAUUAAAUGGACAUUUAUCACCAAACAAUUGUCAACAGUCAUUGAAUAAUUCUUUAAAUGGACAAAGAAGAUUUCGAACGCAGAUGACGCCAUUACAAAUAAAAUUAAUGAAAGCUAUUUUUCUUGAAUAUCGAACACCGACAAUGCCUGAAUGUGAAUUAUUAGGAAAAGAAAUUCAAUUGCAAAAACGUGUUGUACAAGUUUGGUUUCAAAAUGCUCGAGCAAAAGAAAAGAAAAAUCCAAAUUUUUUUAAAUCCGAUCUUCCAGAUGAAUUUCAAUCAACGAAUGAUCAAUGUAAAUUAUGUCAAUGCAAAUAUACAUUACAAAAUCCUCAAAGGGAUCAUUUAUUUACAACAAAACAUAUUGAAAAUAUUCGUUCAAUUUUAUCGAAACAAAUUGGAAAUAUUUCAACAACAUCAACAUCAAUAACAACAACAACAAAUACAACGACAACAGCUACAAAUAAAGAUGAUUUUAUAAAAAAGAACAGUAUAAAUAUUAAAUUAGAUAUUGAAAAUAAUUCAAAUCAAUCAGUAUUAGAUAAUUCAUCGAAAGAUGAACAAAACCAACUAAUGUCUUAUAUUAAUUUAAUGCAUCUUAUGCCUAUUGGUAUUGAUCCAUAUAAUUAUGGUUUAAUGGAUCCGAAUAUCCAUGGAACGCCAUUAUUUAUGUUACAAUUACCUGAAGAAGCUUUAAAGAAAAUUCUUUCAUUAAGUAAAUCCGAUGCUCAUUUAACACGUGCUCAAUAUACUCAAGAUGGAAAAAAUCUUCAAGAUUUAUUUGAUCAUUCUUAUUCAUCAAUUGAUUAUCAAACUGUUGAUGUUGGUUAUGUUUGUAAAAGAUGUUAUCUUGUUUGGCCAUUAUAUGAAUCAUGUCGAUGUCAUGCAUUAGUUUGUUGGCAAAUAUGUGGAUCAACCUUACCUGUUUCUAUAAAAUCAUCUGAAGAUUUAAAUGAUUUAUCAGGAUAUAUAUUUAAAAUCGAACAAUUAACAUAUCGAUGUUUAUUAUGUAAAACAUCAUGUUCAACAACAAUUGAAUAUGAGAAGCAUACAAAAGAUGAUAUUCAUUUGAAAAAAAAACUUUCAAAUUCAACUAUACAAGAGAAUGAUUCAUAUUAA